GAGACGGUCCUGCGGCAUCUUUGCAAUGAGGAAGCCGGCGACCCUAAGCAGCACGAAGAGCUGGCUGAGCUGGCCGAAGGUCUCAUGCAGGUGCUUGGUGGCCUUUCCAGUCCGAAGUGGAGCUUGGCUACUCUGGCAGUCGAUCUUUGCAUCGACAUGAACAAGGGAGAGCCGACAGCCUUCUCGCUGUUACUGGGGUGGCUGCCGAGCGCCUGCAGCAAAAGGAUCACAGACAAGGACGACGUUGCAGUGCAGCAGGAUGCACUUUCCUGGCUGCUGCUCGGAUUCGCUACAAUGCCGUCAUGCAGAGCUCUGCCUCUCUCGGAGCUUUCCCGGCUUUUGGAUCCCGGCCUCAGUUGGCACAGCGAGGAGGAUCUCUGCUCGCAUGCAGGGGCAUUGCAAGCGUCGCUGGAGGGUUGCAGGUCCGUGGCCGAGGAGAUGGUCUUGGCUGUGCAGUCUGUGCGGCAGGAAAUGAAGGGUGUGGAACCACUGCAAGCUGCCCUGGCCUGGGCCCAUUGUGCGCAACUUUGGCAGCGGAGUGUGCUGGCAGAGGAAGAGGUGCAGAACCGGCUGCGGGAACUACUGCGGAGUUUCCCUGAGGACAUAGCAAUGUCGGACAUACAGUUCCGAUGCCGGAAGGUUCAAAGCUACUCGGAGGCUUGGCAGAAAGCGCUAGCAGCAUGGCCGCGAGCGCCCCUCGACAAAAGGAGUCAAUGCAGAUUGCCUGGACUGCUAGUCUGGGACCUUCUCGUCAUGGAUGUCGCCGUGCCAACGGCGAUGUCCCUCCGAACGGUGCAUGACUCACUGCUUCGCCUCGAAUGGGCUUCAGAUGGUGCAGAAGUUCUCUGGUCGGCCAACAACUUUGACUUGGCUGACGGAGACCUUCAAGGCGUCACCACAGAGGGCUGUCUCAGGGAGAUCAUGCGCCUGCACACCAGACAUGGCUCCAUCCUGGUCGAUGUCCGUCUGCUGCUGUUGGUUCAGCCGGCGUAUGCUAGGCCUCUCAAAGUCCUCAGGUCUGUCCUGAGUGGGCAGUUUGAGACAUCGCAGAAACGGCGAAGUCUCUGGGCUAGUCUCAUCAACUUCCUGCUGAGCGAACCAUCGGUACAGACCAUCGAGGCCAUGGAAUCGAACGAGGAGCUUCUGCUGUAUGCCGGCAUGCCGCUGUUGCAGAGGCUGCAGGAGCUGUCUGCGGCCCAGAAGAGGCUGAGAGACGAGGCGCCCCGCGUGGAGGGAGCACGUCCAGCUUCUUGA